AUGAGCGGCGAGUGGCUGCUGCGCCUCGACUCGAGCCUCUCCCCGCGGCCGACUCGGCCGGCCACGAUCGGGCCGAUCGCUGGCGGCAGGUCGCUCGUCGUCGGCCGCGACCCGAGCCGGUGUGACGUCGUUCUCGACUCGGCGGCCUUUCCCGGGCUCAUCUCUCGGCAGCAUGCUACGAUCGUGCUCGAAGAGUCGGGCCCGGUCCUACGAGACUCGUCUCUCAACGGCGUCGGGGUCGACGGAGGCCGCACCGCACGCGGCGAAGCGCAGCACGUCCCGCUGCGGGACGGCUCGACUCUGGUCUUUGGGGUUCGCGGCUCUGCGACAGAGUUCGUCUACCGCGUGGCUCAGCGGCAGACCGAGACAAACCCGCAAGCCACGGCUAUAGCACCAGAGGGGAGUGAGGAGAUCCACACACUCGACACACUGGGUGGCAGCGACGACGACGACAAUGGCUGCAUCGGUCCGGCGGUAGCUUCCGAUGGCGGGGCCCCGCUCGCGUCAGCGGCGGCGCCUGCGGCUGCGCCGGAGGAGCUCAUGGUGGAGGAGCUGCAGUGCUGCAUCUGCGCAGAGCUGCUCGUGCGGCCGUGCCAGCUCCGCUGCUCGCACUCGUUUUGCUCGCCCUGCAUCUACGACUGGGAGCGCCGCUCGCGCACGUGCGUCAUCUGCCGCGAGGAGCUCGAGGAGGCGCCUCCGCAGCCCGUCCGGCUGCUCGACGGCCUCACGCAGAAGCUGGCCGCGCGCUGCCUCUCCGCCGAGGAGAAGGAGGAGUGGGAGGGGCGCGCGGCCGAUUGGGACGGGCGCGCCUCGCAGGCCCGGCAGGUGUGGGGCACGCUGCCGCCCAAGCCCGCCCCUGCGGGGCCGCCCGUCCAUCGGCACGUCGUCUCGAGGGUGGGAAGCGGAGGGGCCGUCUCGACGUGCCGCCGCUGCCUGCGCCCGAUCGCCGCGGGCAGCCUCAAGCUCGGCGUGCGGUCGCACAUCCCGCUCUUCAACCACACCGUCGUCUCGUGGCACCACACGAGCUGCCUCCCGCUGCCCGCCGCGCUGCUCGCCGACGGCGACCGCUGCGCGACGGAGGCGGACGCCGCCGCGCUCCUCGACGAGCGGCUCGACGGCGCGACGACCGUCCUCGCACCCGAAGAGCGCCGCGCCCUCGCCGCCCAGCUGCUGGCGGACCCGCCCCCCGCCCGCAGCAAGGCGGCGGCGGCGGGGCGGCGCGAGGGCCGCCAGCAGGGCCGGCGAGAGCCAAGCAGGAACGUGGCCCCGCGCAGGCGCUGA